AUGGCAGCCCUAGGUCGAAUUGACACAUAUUCAUUUGAGGUCAUGUCUGUAUCCAGUUCACACACCGAGGAUCCAAUCCUUGAACCUAAACGGGGGAAGAUGCAGGUCCGACCAGCUUUGAGCUUUUCCAAUGACGAUAAAGUGGGAACUUAUCAGCCGCAUGAUGAUGCCUUAGUGGUUACCCUUUGGAUAGGGAGCUACGACGUAAGGAGGGUCCUAGUAGACCAAGGCAGUGGUGUAGAGAUCAUGUAUCCUAAUCUGUACAAUGGACUUAAACUGAAACCCAAGGAUCUAGUUAGCUAUGAUUCUCUUCUAGUGGGAUUUGAUGGGAAGAAUGUUAUCCCAAAGGGCAUGAUUAGAUUGCUUGUUCAGGUGGGCUCAGAAGUGAUGAAGGUGAACUUCAUUGUGGUGGAUGCUUACUCACGUUAUACUGUCAUCUUAGCAAGACCGUGGCUGCAUGCCAUGGGAGCUGUUUCUUCGACUUUGCAUUUAAAGGUGAAGUAUCCCUUUGGGGACCAUGUUGAGGAGUUGAUCGGAAGCCAGACCAUGGCAAGGAAAUGCUUGGUCGCUGCUAUUAGACAUUAG